AUGGCUAUACUAAGUGAGCCUCAGGUGUUCUCCCAGCAUCCAUUGACAUUCAAGGAUGUGUCCAUAGAAUUCUCUCAGGAAGAGUGGGAAUGCCUAGAUUCUGCUCAGAGGGCUUUAUACAGGGAAUUGAUGUUGGAGAACUACAGCAAUCUGGUGUCUAUAGGUCUUGCUGUACAUAAGCCUGUUCUGGUCUCCUGCCUGGAGCAAAGUGAAGAGCCCUGGAAUGUGAAGAGAGGGGAGACGGUAGCCAACAAGAUUACAUCACAUCUUAGAGCACAUCAGCAAAUACAUACUGGAGAGAAACCCUACAGAUGUGAAGAAUGUGGCAAGUCCUUUAAUCACAUUUUAAGUCUUAGAGCACAUCGGCAAACACAUUCGGGAGAGAAACCCUACAGAUGUGAAGAAUGUGGCAAGUCCUUUAGUCACAUGUCAAGUCUUAGAUAUCAUCGGCAAACACAUUCGGAAGAGAGACCCUGCAAAUGUGAAGAAUGUGGAAAGUCCUUUAGAUUUAAGUCUGGUCUUAGAACACAUCAGUGAAUACAUACUGGAGAGAAACCCUACAGAUGUGAAGAAUGUGGCAAGUCCUUUAGACUUACAUCACAUCUUAGAGCACAUCAGCAAAUAUAUACUGGAGAGAAACCCUACAGAUGUGAAGAAUGUGGCACGUCCUUUAGACUUAUGUCAUAUCUUAGAGCUCAUCAGCCAAUACAUACUGGAGAGAAACACUACGGAGGUGAAGAAUGUGGCAAGUCACUGAACUUAUAA